CCUUUGUCUCUCUUUCUCUGUCUCUUUCCUCUCAGUCCCCCGGAACCCCAGUGGCAACACAGUCCUCGACAUCGACUUUGACAUUGAGCUCGGCAACACGGCAGACGAAGCCAAGGAUGACCCAGAGUCGGGGUAUCUGAGCUGCUCCUUUGAUGAUGGUCUUUGUGGCUGGAUCAGGGACAAAGACGGGGACCUGCACUGGGAGACGACGCCUGAUCCGUCAGGUGGACGCUACCUAACGAUACCCGAAGCAGGAAACAAGAGGACUGGACGAGGAGCGCGGCUGGUCCUCCCCCUUACCCCUCCCUGGAAUGACGGCAAUCUGUGCUUGUCAUUCCGGCACAAGCUGGCAGGUCACCAUGUGGGAAUGCUCCAAGUGUUUGUGAAGAAGGGAAAGCAGUACAGUCCAGCAGUCUGGGGUCGAACAGGUGGAAAUGGCUGGAGACACACCCAGAUCACAUUAUGGGGCACAGGCCUGGAAAGUGUGAUCCUGAAGGGGGAGCGGGGGCGAGGCAGGAGCGGAGAGAUGGCCGUGGACGACAUAACCUUGAGGAAAGGCUCCUGCACAGAGGAGCACAAUCUGAGGAGACUUUGACUGACAGAACAGGGUGAGGCAGAAAGAAAACAAGAGAGAAACUCAUCUCAAAGAGAACGGACUCUGUUGUGACCCCCCCCUCUCCCCGCUCUCUCUCUCUCUGCCUGGGCACUCACUGAUCCCUCCCUAAACCCCUCAGCCGUCGUGUAAACAAAAUCCCCCGAAUUCAUGCGUCUGCAGAACAGUGGGUUUCUCUCACUCGGCUGUCCGUUAAUAAAAGGACCGAACCUGUCCUCGUGGGUGGAUCCCAGCAGCACAUCCCCAGUCCUCUCAGCUUCCAUCUCACUCCAUCACCUUGUUACUCUAAAGUGUGCAUGUACCUACUCACCAUGGAAAUGUCCUCCACCUAACAGCACUGGCAGCCUUCCAGCUGCACCGCUGAUAGGCCCACUCUCACUUCAUUUCUUCCUGGAGAGAGGAUUGUUCCUUUAUUUAGGGAGCCCGCUUUUGCUUUGCUUUGAUCCUUUAUCCACAAGCCAUUGCUUUUUUAGUUGCUUAAUGGUGAAAACAUGUGGCCAGGGGUGCAUUUUGUGACUGUUUUGAUCAGCAAAAAAAAAAGAAGAAACAAGCGGUAGAUUUCUUUUGGUUGGAGAUUUAAAAAAUGUACAUAAAAUACAAAUUUUAUUUGUCAAAAUUGAAUUGUUUCUAAUGCAGAUUUCUUUCAAUCUGAUGUAGGCCCACAGCAUAACACCAAAAGUCAGUUUACCGCUAAUUUUGCUGGUCAAAUGUGAGUUGUUUUUCGUUUUUAAUUACCGGCUACUGUUCGAUAGCACAGCUUUGUCUGAAAGGUCCUUUUUGUUGCCACAGCAUUUCAAAGACCUGCUUGGUCGCAGAAAGUUAUUUAGAUAUUUAGCAUCUUUUCUAUCGUGUUAUUGCCUGUUGAGGUUGGUUAAACUCUGCGAUCAUGUUCUUCAGAUACUUGAAACGUGUAAAACAGAAUCAUUGUACGAUUUUCGAGUCAACUGAAAAGUUACUUUUUAUUAUACACUUUGUGCUUUGUUAUAUUAAGUGCAGUUUGUUAUAAAGAUGAUGACACCAACACCUUUUUAGGUUUUCACAAAUUGUAUUAUUGUAAAUGUAGUUGUGUGUACAUACUCUAAACAAUCCCAUUUGUUGUGUGGUUUAUAUGUUAUGUAAAUUCAUACUUAGAUAUUGAUUGGAUUUCAGCUGGUUGAUAUUUCAACUUUUAAGGAAAGAGUGUGUACACAGAUCAAAACCUUGUGUAGUGCAAGGCUGUUUAAAGUGUCCAAAAAUGUGUGUCUUCAUAUGAUAUAAAGCUCUGUUUGUAACUUGCUAAGCACAUAGUUGCAUAUUGUACGAUGUGAUAAUGAAGGGCAUUGUAAAGGUUUUCUGUGUGCAUGGUUGCAUUUACCAAAUUCAGAAUUAUCCAGACCAGUAUGUAAAUAAAAAAAAAAAUUUGAAUGGCGUGUUUAAAAAAACAACAACAAAAAACCAAAAUUGGCUUACUUCCAAAGACGGACAUCUUAGGUGAUUGGUGAUUCUAAAUUAGCUGUAGGUAUGGAUGUUUGAGACAAAUAAAGGUUUUACA